CACGCACCCUCAACACACACCGUUACGCACGCGCCCCAGCCUGGCGUUCAGGCCGCGCCCCGCCCCCAGUCCGUCAGCUGCGCGCCCCGGGACCCUAGAGCCGGCGAUUCCUCGCCGGCGCCCCAGCCGCUACCUUGUGCCGGACACUGCGGGCCUUCCGCCGAGAGCGCGUUCGUGACGCACAGACCAGGCUCCUCCGCGGGGCGGCGCACGAACUCCUGGGAAACGUAGUUCGGCCUCGCGUCCCUCUGAGGCGGGACCGCGGACGCCUGGAGGCAAGCACUGAGGACGGGGAGGACUUCAGGUGAAAUACAUCCCUCCUGUGACUGGAUUGGAGACACAAGAACAGAAACAUCCUGAUCUCUCUACUUUACUGUGCAGGCUUAUGUACUCAUAAAAUGGCAGUUAUGGACCUAUCCUCCACAUGGGCUUUAACUAAACAGGACUCUGCCUGUUUCCAUCUGAGAAAUGCUGAAGAGGAAAGGAUGAUUGCUGUAUUUCUGACAACCUGGUUACAGGAACCAAUGAGUUUCAAAGAUGUAGCUGUGGAGUUCACUCAGGAGGAGUGGAUGAUGCUGGAUUCUGCUCAAAGAAGUCUGUACAGAGAUGUGAUGUUGGAAAACUAUAGAAAUCUCACCUCCGUGGAAUAUCAGUUGUGCAGGCUUACUGUGAUCUCCCCAUUGGAUCAAGAAGAGAUAAGGAAUAUGAAAAAGGGAAUUCCCCAAGCCAUCUGUCCAGACCAGAAGAUUCAACCUAAAACCAAAGAAUCAACUGUGCAGAAAAUUUUGUGGGAGGAACCAUCCAAUGCAGUGAAAAUGAUAAAACUCAAAAUGCAUAAUUGGUCCUCCAUAUUAAGAGAAGACUGGGAAUGCCGUAAGAUCAGAAAACAGCAUAAGAUUCCAGGGGGACAUUGGAGGCAAAUGACAUAUGCUCCAAAGAAAACAGUAUCUCAGGAGCUAUUCCAUGACUAUCAUGAAUUGUGGGAAAACUCUAAACUUAGAUCAAAACUUAUUUUUUCACAGAGCAUUUUCACCAGUAAGCAUUGCCAAAAAUGUUACUCAGAGAUUGGAUGUUUGAAACACAAUUCAAUCAUAAACAAUUAUGUGAAAAACUGUAUAAGUGAGAAGCUCUAUGAAAGUCAUGAAUGUGAUACAACUCUAUGGCAUCUUCAGAGAAAUCAAACAGUACAAAAAGAGUACACAUAUUCUAAACAUGGAAUGCACUUCACACGUAAUAUAUUUUCUGUACCUAACAAUUUGCAUAUGGCACAGAAUGCCUGUGAAUGUAAUAAAGAUGAAAUGCUGUGUCAUCAAUCAUCCCUUAAGAAACAAGGACAAACUCAUACUGAUAAGAAACAUGAAUGUAAUCAAUGUGGAAAAACCUUCAAAAGGAUUUCUAAUCUUACUUUACACAAGAAAAGUCACAUGGGUGAGAAACAAUAUGAAUGUAAAGAAUGUGGUAAAGUGUUCAGUGAUUCCUCAACCUUAAGGAGACAUGUAAGAACUCACACUGGAGAGAAACCCUAUGAAUGUAAUCAAUGUGGAAAAGCUUUCAGUCAAAAAACAUCCCUUAAGGCUCACGUGAGAACUCACACUGGAGAGAAACCUUAUGAAUGUAAUCAGUGUGGAAAAUCCUUUGGCACAAGCUCUUACCUUAUAGUGCACAAGAGAAUACACACUGGAGAAAAACUCUAUGAAUGCAGUGAGUGUGGAAAAGCCUUCAACACGAGCUCUCACCUUAAAGUUCAUAAGAAAAUUCAUACCGGAGAGAAUCUUUAUGAAUGCAGUGACUGUGGGAAAGUUUUCAGUGGGCUCUCAUCCCUUAGAAUGCAUAUAAGAACUCACACUGGAGAGAAACCCUAUGAAUGUAAGGAAUGUAGGAAAGCCUUCAGUGUUUCCUCUUCCCUUAGGAGGCAUGUGAGAAUUCACACUGGAGAGAAACCCUAUGAAUGUAUUCAGUGUGGAAAAGCCUUCAGUCAGAGCUCUUCACUUAUUAUACACCAGAGAAUUCAUACUGAGAGAGAAACCCUGUAAGUGUUAUGAAUGUGGAAUUGCCGUUUUCAUUGUCUUAAGGUGGAUUCCAAGCUCCUUGUCUCAGUCUUUGUUCUCUAAAAUAACCAUUUAAGGUUACAAAUGGCUCUUUUUUUAAUAUAACAUUUUGUUCUAUAAAUACUAAUUAGGACUUUUUUUUGAUCCAUGGCUGUUUAGAAUUAGGUAUUUUUAAUAUGUGAGGUAGGUAUAUUUUCAGUUAUCUUUUUAUUGUUGGUUUCUGGGUUAAUUCCAUUUUGUUCAGAGAAUCUGGACUAUAUUUUACUGCUUUGUUGGUGUUUUUAUGAAAGUUGUUUUCUGGCCCAGUGAGACUGCUAUUGCUAGCAGCCAACCAAACAUUUGAGCACAUCUUUCCUUACUAAUGAAUUCCAUCUUAGCCAAGAACAAUAAGGUCUCUGGUUAUAGAACUCUUCUUUGACUUCUUGUAGCUAAGGGUAGCCAUAUCAUUCAUUCUUGCUGAUUCAAAAAUAGACAUAUCACUGGGAACAGAACUAUCUAUCUUGUCCUCUACUUUUUGCACUUCAUCUUUGUCCCUGUGAAUUGGCCAUUCCUGAAGCUGCUGAAAGAGCUAUCUUGUGAUCACGAAAAUGACAACUGUAGCCGAGGGAUGAAGUAGAAGAAAAAGAUCCCUGUUCCUCAAAGAAAUCUUUAAAUAGUUGUACCAGCCCUGCACUGCUUGUAUCUGGACAUGUUCCUAUGUGAGAAAAAUAAGGUUUUUUGUUUGUUUGUUUGUUUUUUGAGAUGGAGUCUCGCUCUGUUGCCCAGGCUGGAGUGCAGUGGCACAAUCUCAGCUCACUGCAGCCUCCACCUCCCAGGUUCAAGUGAUUCUCCUGCCUCAGCCUCCUGAGUAGCUGGGAUUACAGGCGCCACCGCCAUGCCUGGCUAAUUUUAGUAUUUUUAAUAGAGAUGGGGUUUCACCAUGUUGGCUAGGCUGGUCUCAAACUCCUGACCUCAGGUGAUCCACCCACCUCGGCCUCCCAAAGUGUUGGCAUUACAGGCAUGAGCCACCAUGCCUGGCUGAGAAAAAUGUGUUAAUUGAUUUUUUCUUUUUUCUUUCUUUUUUUUUUUUUUUUUUUUUUCAAUUUUUCAGACAGAGUCUCUUUCUCUCAGGCUAGAAUGCAGUGGUGUGGUCACGGCUCAUUGCAACCUCAACCUCCUGGGCUCAGGUGAUCCACCACAGUCUCCUCAGUAGUUGGGAUCACAAAUGCAUGCCACCAUGCCUGGCUAAUUUUAAAAAUAUAUAUUUUGUAGAUACAGGCUCUUCCUACAUUGCUCAGGCUGGUCUCAAACUCCUGGGCUCAAGCAGUCCUCCUGCCUUUGCCUCCCAAAGUGCUAGGAUUACAGGCAUGAGUGACCAUGCCUGGCUCUUACUGAUUUUUUUUUAAAGCACUACAUAAAUACAGUCAACACAGUCACCAUAUUGUAGAAAAACAGAGGUAUAUAGAGUUAAAUGUUUUAUGUUGGAUGUACACAUUUGAAGAGGAACAUAGAAAAAAGUAUGAAAAGGAAUGUUGACUGAGCUUUUAUGCUUAAGUGGCAGAUGAAGAUAGAACCAAGAUCACUGAAAGCAAGUGUUUUGAACAGCAAAAAGAGUAUCCCAAUAUUUCAGCAUUGGAACUACAGAAAGUUUUCAGAUAGAGGGGAAGUUACCAAUUUUAAAUGCUAAGUAAAGCAUGGGAUUUUGCUGCUUGGUCUUGCAGAUACUGACCAGAUUAGUUCUAACAAAAUAUGGAAGGAGUGGCAUACCGUGGAAGAAAGAAGGCAGUAGCUGCUGUUGUAGUUAUUCAUGUUAGCCUCAGAGGAUGGUGAGACAUCCAGAUGAAGAGGUUGGUAUGCAAUUCUAGAACUGAGGAGGUGUCUAGAGAUAUAAAUUUUAGUGACAUCAGUAAAGAGACUAUAACAGGCUUUGGAAGGUGAAUAAGAAUGAAAAGAGAAUGUCUGCCACCAACCCUGAAGACAUACAUUUAAAGGAACCAUAGUAGAGAGAUAAGAGGAAAACAAGAACAGUGGAGUUUCGCUGAACCAAGACAAACGAGUUUCAAAAAGGAAGGUGAAGUUGGCCAGGUGUGGUGGUUCACGCCUGUAAUCCUGGCACUUUGAGAGGCUGAGGCGGGCAGAUCACAAGGUCAGGAGAUCAAGACCAUCCUAGCCAACAUGGUGAAACCCUGGUUCUACUAAAAUACAAAAAUUAGCCGGGUGUGGUGGCACACACCUGUAGUCCCAGCUACUCAGGAGCUGAGGCAGAAGAAUCACUUGAACCCAGGAGGCAAAGGUUGCAGUGAGAUGAGAUCUCACCACUGCACUCCCGCCUGGUGACACAGCAGGACUCCAUCUCAAAAAAAAAAAAAAGAAGGUGAAGGUAACUGUUUUUAGUGUUACUUAGGGAUCCAAUUAGAUGAAGUCUAAAAAGGUAAACAUACAGCCAUGUGAAGAUCAUUUGUGAUUGUAGUUGGAAAUAACAUAGUGGUACAUUGAAGAUGGUUGCUAGAUUGGGCUGACUUUAGGAAUCAAUAAAGGGCAAGGAAGUAAAGACUGGAUGUAGACAAGUUUGAAUAAUAGGAGAAAGGGUAGUAGCUGGAGAGAGAUUUGGAGUAAAGAGAUAAUAUGUUUAAAAUAUGAAAAACUAGAACAUGUUUGUAUUCUAAUGUGAUGAAUGUAGUAUGGUGAGGUUUAGUAUGCAGCUUAAUAAAGUUUAAUAUAAGCUUCUGAGAAUGGGGUGUAGAUGUUUAGAGCACAAACAAAAGUAUUGGUGUUUGCCAUGAGGCGGAGGGAUACUCCCAGCAUUCUUUCAGGAGUGGAAAAAUGGGUGGGUUGGUUUAAAUUACCUGUUUUUUUAUUUACACCUGACUGCACUGAGCAGUGAUCAGAAUAUGUGAACUAUAUAAUGUUUUGUGUUUCCUAAGAACUACUGUGUGGCAGCCACUGCUAAUUACUAACCAAGUAAAUGUAUUUUUUAUUCUUUAUGAAUAGAUCUUCAGUUUUGCUAACAGUAGUAUUGUAUUUAGCUACUACUACUUAUCCCAACACCUCUUUGUAGCCUUGAUGACAUUUCUACUGUUCCUGGCCAAUAAGAUAUAGAUAUAUGAUUAUAGGUUUCAUGGUAAGAUUAUUUGCUAAGAGGAACAUGGAUGAAAUACUGCAAGGAGGUUUUAGUGAAGAAGAUCUCUAUGCAUUUGAAAGUCCUUCCAAGUUAUCAAUAGAGCCAUCAGUGGAGAAGACAGCAAAGCAAGUAGCAAAGUCCACGUGAAUGAGGAGAGGUCAUUUAAAUAAAAGAUAGCAAGGAAGAGAUGGAGAAAGUGGUAUAACUAGAUGGUAUGAGCUUCAAAGGAAGGAGUGGUUUUCACCAGGCUGCAAUGGUUAGAAGCAGUGUUAGGGAGCAAGGAAGAUACUGAUCCCACUUCCAACCUGUGGAUAUGUGGAAUACUUGAGAAUAAGCCCCCUUGUGAUGUGAUUGUUGUCAGGUAGGUGUUUUUUCCUCCCCAGGGAACAGCCAAGUUUAAAUUAAUGAAAGGAAAUGUUCAGGGAAAUAGUUGAGGAUAUUAAGGGAGUUUAUUAGGGGAAUCUCAGAGGGCACCAUGAAAGAGUCUCCAGAAGGGCAGGGGUUUUGGGUUUCUGGCUUUGGCCUGAGGAAUGCAGAAGAUUGUAAUGACAGUAUUGAUAGAGGAAAAAAGACCAGAUCAGGGGCUAUGACCAGUGAAAACAAAAUUUAGAGGGAGUAUAGGUUAAAUCCCAGCAGUCUAUAGGAAGAUGAUGGGUAUUUAGGUCAAAUAGGAUUCAUUUGUAGCUUGGAAAGGAGAGCCUGCAGUCAUGCUGUGAAACCAAGUGGUUUCGGGUGUUAGCAGCCCUGGUGGGUAUAGCACUAGCCAUCAGUAGUUAGAAAAUGGUCCCAACUGGCCGGGUGCAGUGGCUCACGCUUGUAAUCCCAGCACUUUGGGAGGCCGAGGCAGGCGGAUCACGAAGUCAGGAGAUCGAGACCAUCCUGGCUAACAUGAAACCCUGUCUCUACUAAAAAUACAAAAAACCAGCCGGGUGUGAUGGCGGGCGCCUGUAGUACCAGCUACUCGGGAGGCUGAGGCAGGAGAAUGCCGUGAACCUGGGAGGCGGAGGUUGUGGUGAGCCAAGAUCGCGCCACUGCACUCUGGCCUGGGUGACAGAGCAAGACUCCAUCUCAAGAAAAUGGUCCCAACUGCAUGUGGUCCUUGGGUGAGAUCAUCUUAAGGAGUACUCAGCAAGGGAUUGUAUUUUGCUUGGUUAGGACUGGAAUUUACAUUCUAAUUUUGGCCCAGUGAUCUUGGAACAGAUUGAGCAUCUCAAAUCUGAAAAUCUGAAAUUCAGAAUGCUCCAAAACCUGAAACCUUGUGCGCCGAUGUGACUUUCAAAAGAAAUGCUCAUUGGAGCAUUUAAAAUUUUGGAUUUUCAGAUUUGUGAUGCUCAACUAGUAGGUAUAAUGCAAAUAUUCCAAAAUCCAAAACACUUCUGGUCCCAAGCAUUUUGGAUGAGGAAUACUCAUCCCGUACACCAGCAGGUAGACUCAGGCACAGUCUCACUCGGCAUCUCACCUGGAUUUUAUUGCAGUAGCCUCCUAACUGGUUUCUCUGACUUGAAUCGUACUUUGCUUUAGUAUGUUUUCUAUGCAGCUGCCAUGGUAUCCUAUUAAAAAAGCAAAACAAAAACUUUGUGGUUUUUAAUUAUAAAACUGAUACAUGCAUACGAGAAAACAAUGUAAAUAACUUCUGCCCUACACAGAAGGGAAACCCUAGAUUCUAUUGCCUUAAAAAUUAAUAUUGUAGGUGAAUGUGCAUUCUGUCAGACUUUAUGUACAUACAAACAUUUGUUUUCAUUUUAUAAAAAUUGAGUUACACCUUUUAUCCCACAUCUUUUUUUUUUUUUUUGAGGAGUUUUGCUCUUGUUUCCCGGGCUGGAGUGCAGUGGCACAUUCUCGGCUCACAGCAACCCCUGCCGCCUCCUGGGUUCAAGCGAUUCUCCUGCCUCAGCCUCCCAAGUAGCUGGGAUUACAGGCAUGUGCGACCACUCCUGGCUAAUUUUGUAUUUUUAGUAGAGACAGGGUUUCUCCAUGUUGGUCAGGCUGGUCUCAAACUCCUAACCUCAGGUGAUCCGCCCACCUCAGCCUCCCAAAUUGUUGGGAUUGUGAGGCCAUCGCCCCCGGCCAUCCAACAUCUUUUUAAACAUCUUUCCGUGUCAGCACACGUAGUUCUAUUUCAUUUGUAAUAGCUGCUUAAUAUUUGAUUAUAUGCUUGUACCAUAAUAUAUUUGAUCCAUUUGCCUCCAGAGUUUUUAUAACAAUACUGCAAUCAAUAAUAUUGUUUAUAUAUUGUGCUUUCCUAUCAACUGUUCUCUACACUUCCCAGGGUGAUCCAUCUAAAGUACUAACCUGAUCAUAUAACAUUUCACUUUUAAUCUUCUUCUGGCAUUUUUCUCCAGUUAAGAUAAAAUCUUUUUACAAGACCUUGCUCAAACUCUUGCCUUUUCAGGCCUCAUCUCUGAUCAUUCCCUUUAUCUUCACUGUCUCCCUAACUUAACCUGUCCUAUUUAUCCUUUAGGUAUUGUGUCCUUCAUCUGCUUUAACAAUGCUUGUCACACUUUCACACUGUAUUGCCUGUUUGUGUAUUGUGCCCUCUACACUGUAAGUUUUGGUAAGGUGGGAACUUUGUCUAAAUUUUUCAUUGUUUUAUUACUUGGCCCAGUAUAGGUGUUCAGUUAAAUAUUUAUGAUUCUUCAGCAAAUUUUGUGCCUUUUCUUUUACUUAGCAUUCUAGUGGAAGUUUAACUUAAAAGCUAUUUAAGUGAUUGUAAGGUAAAAGUUGCAAGGAGCUGGGUGCAAUGGCCUGUGCCUGUAGUCCUAUCUACUCUGGAGGCUGAGGUGGGAGGAUUGCUUGGGCCCAGGAGUUUGAGACCAGCCUGAGUAACAUGAGACUCCAUUAUAGUAAAAAUGCAUGGAAUUAAUUUUUCUUCUAGGUAUAGGAAAAUGUUCCACCAUAACAGGUGUGCAGAAACUAAGACUGUUAGGACAACAGCAGUUUAAUGUUAUUUAUAUUAUGUCCCUCUCCUAGUCCUUCUCCUCUCUUCCCUCAUCCCACUCACCACCACCCCAUUCACUACACAAGCUGAUUUUUUGUAGAGCUAGUGUUCAUAUUUUGUUCCAUUAUGUAUUAUAAUAUGAAAAGGGAUGAGUUGACCAAGUGUUGGUGAGUGUGUGGUAUACUUGCUUUAAACUACCAAUGGAAGCAUAAAUUAGUACAAACUUACUGGGUGGGUGUGGUGGCUCACAUCUGUAAUCCCAGCACUUUCAGAGGCUGAGGUGAGUAGAUUGCUUGAGCCCAGGAGUUUGAAACCAGCCUAGGCAACAUGGCAAAACCCCAUCUCUACCAAAAAAAAAAAAAAAAUUACCCAUGGUAGCAUGAAUCUGUGGUCCCAGCCACUAGGGAUGCUGGGGUAGGAGGAUCACUUGAGCUGCAGUGGGGUUGAGGCUGCAGUGAGCUGUGAUUGCACCACUGCACUCCAGCCUGGGUGACAGAGUAAGACCCUGUCUAAAAACAAAAGCAAACCAAAAAAAAACUUGGGACAGUUAAGCAAUAAAUGUCCAAAGCUGGAUUACUUAUAACUUUUAAAUAUGUAAAACCUAGCAAUUUUAAGCUGAGAUUUUAUAAAAGGAUUCUUCAUAUAAGCAUGUAUAAGUAACAAUAUUCACCUCAGUUUCAUGCCCUAAUGAAAAACUGGAAAAUUCCUAAAUUCCCAGUAACAGUCAAUAAAAUGGAAUAUAAUGCAGUCAUUAAAAUGUAAUUCUGUGUGGAUUGACAUGUGGAGAUAUAUUUGAUACAUUAUGAAUUUUAAAUAGUCACAAAAUAUGGUAUGACUUUUUAAUGCAUGUUAUAAAUAUGUGUGUGCAUUGAAAAUAUGGAAAGACAUAACACCAAAGUUUUAUCAAUGAUUAUUUAUGUCAUAAUUUUUUUCUUUUGUCUUAAGAUGUCUAGUUUAGUGAACAGAGCUGUGGUCUAUUUUUUAAAAAUAAUUCUAUCAUUAACUUUUUAAUAAAUACUUUUUAAAGCAUGAUUUUAAUAUCUUCAAAGUUGUAAAGUAAAUAAUUUGCUUAGGCUGUUGUUGGACACAUAGAUUCUUUUCAUUUUUUUAAAUACCAGAUUUAAAAAAUUGAAAAAAUAUAUAUGUAUAUUUUUUUGAGACGGAAUCUCGCUCUGUCACCCAGGCUGGAGUGCAGUGGCGCAAUCUCUGCUCACCGCAAGCUCCACCUCCUGGGUUCAUGCCAUUCUCCUGCCUCAGCCUCCCGAGUAGCUGGGACUACAGGCGCACACCACCAUGCCCGGCUAAUUUUUUGUAUUUUUAGUAGAGACACGGUUUCACCGUAUUAGCCAGGAUGGUCUCGAUCUCCUGACCUUGUGAUCUGCCCGUCUUGGCCUCCCAAAGUGCUGGGGAAAAUAUAUUUUUUAACUUACCAUUUCUAUCUCCUACCUUUUAAAGGCAAACUUUUUGAAAGUGUUGAUAAAGGGUGUGGAUACUUUUUAGACUUCCUCUUACUCUAGGCAAAAUUCAAAAUAUGAAGGAUACAAAUAAGUUUCUCUGAUAAGAACAGGGAAUUGUGUUAGAAAAAGCAGUCAGGGCUAGGCGCGGUGGCACACGCCUGUAAUCCAGUAUUUUGGGAGGCAGAGGUGGGUGGAUUGCCUGACCUCAGGAGUUCGAGACCAGCCUAGGCAACAUGGUGAAACCCCAUCUCUACUAAAAAUACAAAAAAUAGCUGGGUGUGGUGGCACGCGCCUGUAGUCCCAGCUACUGGGAGGCUGAGGCAGGAGAAUCACUUGAACCCAGGAGGCGGAGGUUGCAUUGAGCCAAGAUAGUGCUACUGCACUCCAACCUGGGUGACAGAGCAAGACUCUGUCUCAAAAAAGAAAGAAAAAAGAAAGAAAAAAAGCAAUCAGGAAAGGUCUCCAUGAGAAAAUAACAUUUAACUUGAAAUACGAAGGUAAAGAAGGAGUAGGGUGCUCCUUCUUCCAGCUCCAUGGGCAGAGGUGGAGGGACAGAGGAAGAGCUUUCUAAAUAGAAGAGCAAAAGGACUCAUCAGGAUUUGACAUAUUUGUGGAACAGAAAGUAAGUCCAGUAACUGGAAAACUGUUAGGCAAAGGGGUAAGGAGAAGAGUAUAUGAAACCAGAUUGAAAGGAGGCAGGGGCCAGAUAAAGACCUUGCCAGCUAUGACAUGAGUUUAUACUUUAUUUGAAGAGUUAUGAGGAACUAUUUAAGUUUUUCAGAGAUUAAAAUUAUUUGUUUUAAAAAGAUCACACUUUUGUAUAAAAAAAUCUUGAGAGACUAGGAAGCUAUUUGCAAUAGUUCAUGUAUGAAAUUUGAAUGCCAAAAACUAAUUUCCUUAGCAUUCAUUUUUAUUUAUUUUUUAUUUUUAUUUUUUAAUAUUCUGUAAGUUAUUGGGUUUCCUUUUUAAUUUUUCCAUAAGUUGCAUUCACUUUUUAAAAGACAAUGAGAUUUGUUUUAGCAUAAACAGGAAAUUCAUGGCUAAUACAUGUCACGACUUAAAUUCACCUCUAACUUAAGAAAUGCAUGUCAAAUACAUAAAAUUAUAUUUUCUACCUAUGACCAGAGUUUCAUGGGAGUUUUGAUUUUUCUAAAAUAUUUUUUGAUGCAAUAUCCAUUUUUUUCCAUGCAAUUUUGUCCUUUGUAAUAUUGAGGGUAUUCAUGAUACAGAAUUUAUUUUAAAAAAUUAUUUCUGCAAUAUUUAUUUCUCCCUUUUUUUGAGGCAGUGUCUCACUCUUGCCCAGACUGGAGUGUAGUGGCACAAUCUCAGCUCACUGCCACCUCAACCUUCUGGGCUAAUGUGAUCCUCCUACCUCAGCCUCCUCAUUUGUGGGGACCACAGGCAUGUGCUAUCACACCUGGAUAAUUAUUUUUUUUUAAUUUUUUGUAGAGAUGGGGUCUCACUGCAUUGCCCAGGCUGGUAUCAAACUCCUGGGCUCAAGCAAUCUUUCUGCCUUGGCCUCCCAAAGUGCUGGGUUACAUAAUUUCUUUUUGUUUUGUUUUCUUAAAAGAUUUGUUAACAUACCAGAUAAUUUUUUACACUUUCUGCCGCUUUUUCUAUGUCCUGCCUUUUAAAGGCAGACUUUUUGAAUGAGUUGCUAAGGACUCAGACUCUUUCUGACGAAUCACUCAUACCCAACAUGCAGGUUUUGCUACCUCUCUUUCCUCUGAAAUUUCUUGGAUCUCUUCAGAGGGAUUUAACAAAUUUCCUGUCCUUUUUCUCUUUUCUUUUUCUUUUAUUGGUUUUGUUUUGUUUUGUUGAGAUGGAAUCUUGCUUUGUCGCCUAGACUGGAGUACAGUGGCAUGAUCUCAGCUCGGCAACCUCCACCUCCUGAGUUCAAGCGAUUCUCCAUGCCUCAGCCUCCACAAGUAGCUUGGAUUACAGGCAUGCACCACCACACUCAAUUAAUUUUUUGUAUUUUUAGUAGCGAUGGGGUUUCACCACGUUGGCCAGGCUGAUUUUAAACUCCUGACCUCAAGUGAUCUGCCUGCCUCAGCCUCCCAAAGUGCUGGGAUUACAGGCAUGAGUCACUUAUCCCCCUGCCUUACAUACAUUGAUGUGUGAUAGAAAAUUCUUUUGGGCACAUCACAGCAACAAAAGUUAACCCAGCUUUACCUAUUUGUGAGUAUCUUAAGUCUCCCAAAGCAUUUGAUUGUUGCUUUCCAAGAAAAUACAGAAUUGUGGUCAUUCUCCCAUGACUAUUCUUUACUAAUAUUGAUUGCAUCUGUUGCUCUAUCCCCUUUCUGCAUUCAUAGUAACUUCUUUUUCCAAUGCUGAAGAUUAGUUUUAAUAACCUUCUGGGAGACUUCUUUUAAAAAACUUUUUUUCCUGAAGCAUAAUAAUACAUAAAGGCCUGCAGCUUUAUGAAUUUCCCCAAAUAGAACACACUUAACCAGCGCCCAGAUCAUGAGAGCCAAAUUAAUACUUUUACUACUUUUGCAAUAUUCCUAGACUCAUCUUUUAACCAUCUCUUUGCUUUCUUGUGCUAUUGUUGUGCUAUUUACUUCGAUGUGUAUUUUAUAAUCCACUAGAUAUUGUUAUGAAAGUCAAUAUUUAUAUUGGAGUUGACAAACUUUGUCUGAAGGUCCUGAGAGUAAAUAAAUAUUCUAGGUUUUCUUUUUUUUUUUUCAUUUUUUUUUGAGACAGUCUCGCUCUGUCACCCAAGCUGGAGUACAGUGGCGCAGUCUCAGCUACUGCAAGCUCCGCCUCCCAGAUUCACGCCAUUCUCCUGCUUCAGCCUCCUGAGUCGCUGGGACUACAGGCGUCCGCCACCACGCCCAGCUAAUUUUUUGUAUUUUUAGUAGAGACGGGGUUUCACCAUGUUAGCCAGGAUGGUCUCAAUCUCCUGACCUCGUGAUCCAUCCGUCUCAGCCUUCCAAAGUGCUGGGAUUACAGGCGUGAGCCACAACACCCAGCCAAUAUUCUAGGUUUUGCAGGCCAUAUAUGGUCACUGUUGCAUAUUCUUAUUUUUCUAAGCAGCUUUUUAAAGAUGUUAAUCUCAUUCUUAGCUCAAAGGCCUUGAUUUGGUCCAUAGACCAUAAUUUCCCAACACGUGACUUGUAUUUAUCAACAUAUUUACCCCUCCAGUGUUAUUUCUGCAUUUCCAAGUUUCCAAGAUCAUUUCAUACUGCCUGAAAAACCAGUAUUUCUUUUAGCGUAAGAAUGCUAUUGUAAGUUUCCUCUGUUUUUAUUCUGAAACAUCUUUAUUUCUGAAGGAUAUUUUAACUCAGUAUGAAAAGAGGUUAGCAGUUUUUCACAGUGUACAUAUGAGCCCCCCGCCGCACACUGCAAUCGUUUUUCUUAAAGGGACCUGCCUCUCCCUUAGUUGAGAAUAUUUAAGUGAACUGGCUUCAACCAUAUGUCAAAUAGUACGUUUGUGGGCUAUCCAUUUAUUUCUAGGAACCCUAUGAUUAUUUAGCCAUUGCCACCUAUAUGGUUAAAAUUCUCAUUACCAGUGCAUCCCUUGGACUCUUGGCAGAUUUUACCCAACCCCUCCCAUGCCAAGAUCCCGUGAUCUCUACUGAAAUUGGGAUCUUACUUUCAUUAAAGAAGUUCUGCAUCAUCUACAGUCUAAAGAGCGUGGGUACCACAGGGUUGUCCAAGGAUGGUGGUACGUUCCUCACCAAUGUAUUUCUUAAUACCCUGAUGGGAGUGUCUUUUGGCCUUUCUCUGGCUAAGGGAAAAAAUGAACAUAAUAAUUCAUUCUGAUAGUUACAUCAUCUCCCUCUAAAGCAGGGGUGUCCAAUCUCUUGGCCUCCCUGGGCUACACCAGAAGAAGAAUUUUCUUGAGCCACAAUAACUGAUAGCUAUCAUUAGUGUUCAUGUAUUUUAUAUGUGGCCCUAGACAGUUCUUCCAAUGUGGCCCAGGGAUGCCAAAAGAUUGGACACUGGAUUCCAACCAGUAUGACUUUUCAGAUAUCUGAGAUUUUACUACACUCAUUGCAAUGGUAGUUUUCCCACAGUGCAAUUCUCUGAUAUAGGUUUGAAAUAUUGCAGAAAUUCUCUACAUUCAUUUGUACAGUUGCUUUUUCUCCUACAAGAGUAUUAAAAUUUAAGUAUUGCAUUGUAAAUGAAGGCAUUCCCAAAUCACUGUAUUUGUAUCACUUUGGUUAAUUGGAGAUUGCUCCAAAGUAAACGUUCUCAAUGUUGGCUGCACUCAACAAAAACUAGAGGGGAAAGAUUUGAUGUAGUCAGGGGUUGGCCAAGUUUUUCUGUAAAGGGCUAGAUAGUAAAUGUUUAGCCUUUAUGGCUGUAUAUUAAACUCUUCAGUUGUAGAGGUAAGGAGCCAUAGACUAUAAAUGAAUACCUGGCCCAUGGGCUGUAGCUUGAUGACCUCUGAUAUAGUUGAUGAGGUGCAUCCCCACAGAGUAAACAGUAGGAAGGAAAGUGGAUGUGGUGCAGAU